AUGAGCAAAAGAAAGACAGGCAAGGUCCCCAAAGCACAAACAGUAUCCGAAAAUGAUUCAUAUUAUGCUCCUGUAAGCCUUGUCCAAAAAGAACGGGGAAAAGUGGCCAAAAUCUGCCCAUUUGAUGCCUCUGCCUUUUUGGGCCUGUUGGACGACGAUGACAGCGACGAAAUCGCUGAUGACGAGGAGGAUAACAUCAAGAUUCACGGUCAGAAAGCAAACUGGGAUAUCUAUUAUUUCAGAAGUCAUUUUGUCCAAAAAGAACAAGCAAAAAUGGUCGAAUCUUGCCCAUUCUUUGCACCCUUUUUGGGCAUUCCUGAUGAUUCUGGCGGUGCCACCAAAUCAGUUUUCGAUGAUGAGGAAGACAAGGCCAUCCGAAAGGUCUCCAGCGCCCGAACACUGUUAGAAUAA